AUGAAACUGUUCCUGCUAACUCUCUCCGCGGCUUUGGCCCUGGUGGCCGCCUUCCCGACCGGUCUCAACCGCACCAGCCUCCUGUCCCAGGGACCCAAGGGUCGCAUUGUCAAUGGCUACCCAGCUCCCGAGGGCAAGGCUCCCUACAUUGUGGGCCUGUUCAUCCGUACCGAUGGAAGCAACAGUGGUGCCGUUGGUGCUGGUACCAUCAUUGCCAACGACUGGAUCCUAACUGCCGCCCAUUGCUUGACCGGAGACUACGUGGAGAUCCACUACGGAUCCAACUGGGGCUGGAACGGUGCCUUCAGACAGACCGUCCGCCGUGACAACUUCAUCAGCCACCCCGACUGGCCUUCCCAGGGCGGCCGAGACAUUGGUCUGAUCCGCACUCCCCAUGUCGACUUCAAUGGACUGAUCAACAAGAUCCCUCUAAGCAUGAACGAGCAGAACGACCGCUACCAGGACACCUGGUGCGUCGCUUGCGGAUGGGGUGGUAUGGACAACGGAAACCUGGCUGACUGGCUGCAGUGCGUCGAUGUGCAGAACAUCAGCAACAGCGAGUGCGAGCAGGCCUACGGCUCGGUUGCCGGUACCGACAUGUGCACCCGUCACGCCGACGGAAAGUCCGUGUGCGGAGGUGACUCCGGUGGCCCCCUGGUUACACACGACAAUGCUCGUCUCGUCGGUGUGAUCACCUUUGCCUCCGUCAGCUGCCACAACGGACCCUCUGGCUACACCCGCGUCUCGGACUACCUGGGAUGGAUCCGCGACCACACUGGCAUCUCCUACUAAAUGGCUUUGGAACAGUAAUGACAAUGUUGAGGUUUCUUCAGCAAAGCCUUUGCUUUUCUAAAUAAAUUCAUUCGAAAACUGCAAACCAAA